GAUUUAUUUUGUUGACCCCGCCCGGCGCCCGCGCUCAUUGAUCGCCCUCCCUUCCUUCCUUCCCUGAACACAUUCCAAUGAUAAUCCGCGUAAUAUGCACCUGGCACCGGCGCACGGAAUGACAGGCGAAUGGCGAUAGCCGACGGAAGGUCGAUACGAUCGCCUUUCGUACCUGCCUGAACGCGCCUCUGCGCCCUAGAAUGACGCCCAGAGGUCACACCAGGCGGCGGGCGCGGCCAAUAGGAACGGUUCCCUUAGUAGGGCGGCCGGUUUGGUGGAGUGAGGACUGAGGGGGCUCCGCAGCGCGUCCAACUCGUUGGACGUUGAGGCCUGCAAGGAUUGACGACCCGUGAAUACAGUCUUUCCGGUAGGAUACAGCCAAUGAUACCUACAGCUAAGGAUUCCGGUUAGGUAUACCCGAAUCCGCCUCAGUAAACCGAAGGAAUUGAAGAAUUCUCGAAGACAUGGAAUUGGAACUGCCUCCGAGCGGGAUGCCGCUCAGGUCGGACCCGCCCCCGGUCCCGCUGCGGUUCCAUCGGGUGCACGGCGUCAACAUACGGCUGUCCACGGACCGACGCUGCGCCAGCCGCGUGCCCGCCAACGCGUGCGCCGGGGGUCUGCUGUUCAGCAGCCGGCCACUGGCAGUCAAAGAACAGAUUGUGUUUCGAAUAUCGAUGAUGGGUCCCAUCACGAGCGUAGCGGGCGUCAUUUGCGUGGGCUUUACCACGGUCGACCCGGCCAGCUUCGAACGGCCACCAGUCAGCCGGCUCAUCUCAGACCUGGUUCUGACGCCCGGCUACUGGGGCUCGGCGCUGGAGCCGUGUCUCCAAGAGGUGAACCGGCGGCUGGGCUUCUACGCCACCCCCUGCGGCUCCGCUCGGCUGGAGGUGGACGGGGUGUUCCAUAACCUGAUCUUCAGUGGUGUGGACACGUCUCGACCGUUCUGGGCCGUGAUCGACAUCAUCGGCCCCGUCUUUGGCGUGCAGCUCAUCCCUGACUGGCAGCCCACUCUGCCGGACGACUCUCCCCCUGCUCGGCGUGUAUCGGUGCGCCGCCAGCCGGCCGUCCACUGGACCGGCUCGGCGACUCCCGAGGAUGUCCUGGACUCGUGGGUGCGACAGGAGAGGACGAGGCUCCUCGAGGUACGGCGCACGGACCAGGACGAUGACGUCUACCUGGCGGAGGGUGUCCGUGAUGGGGAGGACACAGUGGAAGUGGGAACGGAUGCUGGAGAGGAGGCUGAAACGGAUAGGGUCGAGAUCGGAGAGGACGCUGUGAAAACGGUCGGACUCAAGCCGUGCCCGCUCAACAGGGACGUGGUAGGCGGCCCAGUGAAGGUGCGGGCCCGCGGCACAGAGGCAUGGCUCAAAGAGGGCACGGCGGGGUACGCCUUCACCGCCGUGCCGCUUCUCCGCGGCACCUGGAUCCGGCUCCGCAUCCUGGAGACCGUCCGUGCCGGACCCGGCGAAUCGACCGCCGGCCUGAGUAUCGGUCUGACCCUGACCGACCCCGACCACCGGAUGGGUCUCCAGCUGCCGGCUGACCCACGGCAGUUCGGCGACGGUACGCAGCUGCUACCGAUCGCCGACGACGUUCUGCGCCGACCCCGAGUCGGUGACCUGGUGGACAUACUGCUGGCUGUGGACGGCGCCAUGCUGGUGACCUCUCGCGGGGAGCCGUAUGACACGGUGCUCGGCGCAGCCACUGCCCUGCCCGUGUGGCUGAUGCUGGGGCUGACUGGUACAGUGCGGGCAGUCAGGAUUCUCGGCACCACUCGUGUCGCCGAGUCCGAGUUUCCUGCCGAGGAGCACCCGGCGGACCAGCCGUGGUGGCCCGACCCGCGGCUGGUCAGCGGGGAGGACGCGCACGGCUCGGUGACCCCGCGGUGGGACGGCCGCAGCGUGUCACCCCAGUGCCGCCACGAGCCCGACGAGCCGGACCCGAUUCCCCGGUGGGUGUGCUCCACAGAGGGGUGCCCGGGUCUGUUCCGUCCCCCUCCCGGCUCGGACGACGAGGGUACCAUGUGUUUUCUGUGUCGCCGGGAGGCGCCGGCCGACGUGGGUCUGGUCUGCGGCCACGGUCAUCUGUGCCGAGCCUGCGCCGCCCAGUGGCUGCUCGACGGACGUCCUCGGGAGUGUCCCAUCUGCGAGCAGCACCGGAGGCGGUUCGAUGAGCUGAAUGCCCAGUAAGGGGCCGCGGCCGCCACACGAGGCUGUUCGCUUGUGGAGCCUCAUGGUACAACGGACGCAUCGCGGGAAGUCGGGUAUAUGUAACUGCAUGCUCCGAAAGUGUAAUUGUAAUAUCAGCAAAGGUGAACAUUUUAUCGCCCACGUAUUCAUUCAUUGGCAUCUAAGGCUGUGCAAUUAGGGCUGUCGAGAUAAAAAAGUUUGCAUUUUGUCGCCCAUGAGUUCGUCAUUUCUGGUAGUAUUCUGGGUCGCCGUCGAUUAUUGAUGUAGUGUAGCAUGCAAUAUCGGUUCUCGUCACCUGGAAGCUGGGGCUGUGCCCACUGAAAGUGGCUAAGGCAUUGUGGCUGUGGUAUGCGUAGACUGUGGUGCACCGCCGCAUGUGGAUUUAUCGGCGAAUAUCAGCACACAGGUAGCUGCUAUAAGCAGUGGUGAAUAUCGCCCAAACUUGCAGCUAUCCGCUCAUUUCCUGUUUUUACUGUCGAGGGUAUAAAUAAAGUUGUUAUAAAUCUUUC